AAAGCUGUUCUAUUACUUCAGCCUAGAAAGCCGCUUUUGUGGAGCUGCUAUUAGUACGCCUAAAGCUGUGGGAUCUAUUUGACGUAAGAACAAACCAAGAAAAUAAAAGGAAACUUUGUAGUUUUCGAAGAAUGGAAGUGCACCCAACAGAGUAUAACAUUUCUUUGUACGGCUGUAAUGCUGUGAGAAUAUCGAUCAGUCGUCAAAAUGUAACUUCGCGAGCCUUGGAACCAAUCGCCUUGUUCGUUCCGGCUUUCUGAGGCAAUAUUGGAUUUCAAAUGACCCAUCCAUCUCAUGUCAUUUCGGCAUACAGAUGGAUUGUUUUAGGUUUGAUCGAUUGGGUCUGUUUUUCUUUGAGAGAACGCAGUGGAAGUUAUGAAAAGGAAAGUUUUAAGGAAACAGCUGAUACCAAAAUAGCCAAUUUCCGCUAUUUCAUCACGUCUUGACCGCUCCGCAUUGAGUCUGAAGAGCCAGAUUAUGACAACGAACGUUUGGGUGGAGCAGGAAUGGAAGGAUUACAAGUUGCGUUGGGACCCUGAAGAAUACGGAGGCGUCUCUAAACUUCACGUGCCAGCGGAGCAGAUAUGGCUGCCAGACAUAGUCUUGUAUAACAAUGCUGACGGCAAUUACGAAGUGACCAUCAUGACCAAAGCUGUCCUGCAUUCCGACGGUUUGGUCAUUUGGCGACCACCAGCAAUCUACAAGAGCUCGUGCGAGAUGAACGUUCAGUAUUUCCCCUUUGACGAACAAACUUGCUUUAUGAAAUUUGGUUCCUGGACGUAUGAUGGCUACACGGUUGACCUGAAACAUAAGCACCAAUCAGAAGAUACCGAAGAAAUUGCCAUUGGAAUUGACUUGAGUGAUUUUUACUUAAGUGUCGAAUGGGACAUCAUGGCCGUGCCUGCGAGACGCAAGGAGAAGUUUUACAGCUGUUGCGACGAACCGUAUCCUGAUAUCACCUUUAAUAUCACUUUACGACGGAAAACUCUUUUCUAUACUGUCAAUCUCAUUAUUCCUUGUGUGGCAAUCUCGUUUCUGUCAGUUGUAGUGUUUUACUUACCCUCAGAAAGCGGAGAGAAAGUGUCAUUAAGUAUCUCGAUUGUACUCUCGUUAGGCGUGUUCUUCCUGUUACUCUCGGAAAUCAUCCCCCCGACCUCCCUGACGGUUCCCUUGCUUGGAAAAUAUCUCCUUUUUACUAUGAUAUUGGUGUCAUUUUCUGUGUUUGUCACAAUAGCUGUUCUGAACGUCAAUUUCCGGUCACCAUCCACCCACCACAUGGCACCUUGGGUCCGUACGGUCUUCCUAGAAAUCUUGCCCAAGAUCUUGAGAAUGAAGAGACCUCAAGAAAGCGAAGAAGAAACACAACCCGAUGUAAAGCUUGAAGGCAGAAGUUUUGACGGUGUUGAGAUGAGGCAUCCUGGACCUGCUGAUAAACCAGGAUUUUUAGAAUACGAGUGUUCCUUCCAUGGGACAAGCUACACAGUGGCUGGUGUCGGGGAUGACGUGGAUCCUGAUGUUAGUCCUUCUGCUCUUCAGGAGAGGAAACUGUGUCCUGAAUUGGAAAGAGCUGUCUUAAACGUGCGUUUUAUUGCUCAACAUAUGGAAAACCGGGAUAGUUAUUCGGAGAUUGAAGGAGACUGGCAGUUUGUUGCAAUGGUCUUAGAUCGCCUAUUCCUUUGGAUAUUUACACUGGCCUGUGCUAUUGGGUCGGCAUGCAUCAUUUUAGAGGCGCCAUCUCUCUAUGACGACCAACAGCCGAUCGACGUGGUUCUUUCCAAGAUGGCACCAUCUCGUCUGCAUCAUCUCAAAGACUAAUACUUUCUCAUUUUAAAGUAAUUUUUUUUAUUUAUGGAAGUGAAAUACCACGAGGGUUAUUUUCUUUAAUUUUGGAUAAUGUUAACUUGAAGCAUUAAUGCUCAGUUAGCAGUUGUUUUUGAUAAUUAUAAAAGCAGGAUUUGAAUGUGUACAAUCACAGAUUUGAUUUAUUGUUAAAGUCAGUUAGAGAAUUAACUUUCCGGUGAGUUGACAAAUUAUUAUAUUCAGUAACAACAUCUUUACAGUGAGCCGAACAAUUUUUCCCUUUAAUUCCAACUAUUGUUGUAUGAAACAUUAAAUACCUGAAAUGUUCAAAGCAAAUGAUCGAUGUAAUAUGCCUAUAAAAAUGGUUUAAAAAAAUGUA